AUGAUCAUUGAGGAGCCUGUGUCAAAGGCUAGAGCUACGGCAUCGCGCAUCGUCAAGGCUGAUACUGUGCGUAAUCGAGUACGCGAGGAGAUUGCCACCACGACCAAAACAAAGCGUGAUGCUUUCCUCGUUCACCACAAAGACUACUUCUUGCCAUUACUUCCUCCAAACAACUACAUCUCCAAACUUCUUCAAGCCGAUGACAAGCACCAGGAUUACGUGCCGUACUCCCAACUCAGCAAGCAACCCAAUGGCGUCGUCGCUACGAUGAAGCCGUAUCAGCUUACUGGCCUGUCCUUCUUGGCCAACAUGUACGAGAACGCAAUGCCUGCAAUCCUGGGUGAUGAGAUGGGUCUUGGAAAGACGCUGCAAACAUUGUCUUUGAUCCAACACAUUGAAGAGACAUACCCCAGUCCAGCCGGCAUCGCUCGACCCUUCUUGGUUGUUUGUCCUCUCAGUGUCCUGGGAUCAUGGUGCGACGAGGCCCGAAAGUGGACUCCAAAGCUCAAGGUGCUCCGCUUCCACGGCUCAACUGCCGAGCGCAACGAGGUGAAGUUGAUGGCUUCUGGAGUGACAGACAGAUAUGGGAACGCGACCGGACGUAAUAAAACCAAGCGGGGUGAUGUUACCGUGCCUGAAAAUAAGGAUGCUGGAACUGUCUUCGAUGUCAUGGUCACCAAUUACGAGACUUUCCAAUCAGAAAGCUCGUGGCUAAAGCAGGCUUUCGUAUGGCGCUAUUGUAUCUUGGAUGAAGGACACAAGAUCAAAAACGACAAGACGAAUAUCUCCCUCGCUUUGCAAGGUCUACAAGCUGAACACCGUUUGCUCCUGACCGGAACUCCACUACAGAACGACCUACGUGAGAUGUGGGCCUUGCUCCACUGGCUGUACCCGAGCGUUUUCGUCGACAAAACUGCAGACCUGUUCAAAGAAGCAUUUGACAUCGGCCGUGGUCAAGUUGACUCGAUCUUUAUGGAUCAUGCACGUCAUCUGCUUGAACUUAUCAUGAUUCGAAGAAUGAAAAGCAGUCCUGGUGUCGACCUUGGACUCCCUCCCAAAAGCGAGGUUUUAUUGUACAUUCCUCUAACGCCGCUUCAGCGAUUCUGGUACACGAGACUGCUCACGAAAGCUGGUGAUACACUCCUGGAUGACAUCUUCGGCAAUGUGAAGGAGAAAGAACAUGAAGCACUGAUCAGAGAAGUUGAAGAGGAUGCUCAGCUCAAUCAAGUCAAAGAUGUGAUGGAGAGCGACUUCAACAGCCAGAGCCGCGCUCUUAUCGAGCAAGCUAUAUCCAAUGAGGCGACCGGAGAGAAGGACACGUCUGCGUACAAGAAGCUGAUGAACAUAGUCAUGCAGUUGCGCAAGACUUGUGUGACUCCUUACAUGAUCAGAGGUGCUGCACCAGAUCCAUACUACUAUGGUGAUCAUAUCAUGCACGCCUCUGGAAAAUUCAUCGUCUUGAACAAGAUAAUCGACGAGCUCGUCGUGAAACAAGGAAAGAAAAUCCUCAUUUUCUCUGGCUUCACCUCAGCCCUUGACUACUGUGAGGAUCUCCUCGCCACAAAAGGCAGUAACCAGCACAAUGCUGCAUUUCGUCAUGUGCGCUUUGACGGCAGCACCCAGCGAGCAGUCCGUAAUCUGCAAAUCAGGCUCUUCAACGACGUAUCUUCCGAAUACAAGAUCAUGCUCAUCUCCACCCGUGCAGGUGGACUGGGUCUCAAUCUGACUGCCGCAAGCGACGUAGUCUUCCUCGAUGAAGACUGGAACCCUCAAGUCACGCUCCAGGCAGAAGCCCGCUCUCACCGUAUCGGACAGACCAAGCCUGUCACUAUCUACAAGUUGCUGAGCUCUGGCACUGUGGAAGAACAGAUGAUGGGCCGAAUUCGAAAGAAGCUGUAUCUCUCCGCAAAGAUAACUGAGUCCAUGCAAGACAUUCAUUCCACCAACCAAGCGCAAAAGAGAAAGAGAGCUGCCAAGCAAGACGACACUUCGGCAGAUGAUGGUCCAGAGCUUGGUUUCUCACAGUUGAAGAGUUUGAUUCGUCGCGGCGCUACUACGUUGAGUCAUCCUGAGGUUGAUGUGAAUGAAAUGGUUACUUGGGAUCUCGAUACGAUAAUUGAGAAGUGCAAGGACAAGCCUGUCGACCCUCAUGUGAACGGCGAGUCCGAGGAAGCUACCGAAAAAGAAUGGUUGGCCAAAAUGGAGCGUGUUGAGAGUGCUGUGCUCAACGGUGUCAAGUAUCAGAAGAGUAUCGACAAGACAGCUGUAUCUGCUCCUGAACUCUCGCGUGCGGACCGCCGAGUAGACAAGAACACAACAGUCAUGGUUAACGGUUUCGCCAUCAACAAGGAGAGCAUGAACUGUAACGAUUGGGAGGCUGUUCCUACAUUUGCCGGCAAAGACCCUCGCCUUGCUGAUCCUAAGCGUGAGAAGGCAGCCCCGAUCAAUCAUCAGGAGAUAUGUCAAUGUUGCUUCGAUGGCGGAGAGAUGUAUCUCUGCUCAGGAUGUCCUCGUUCUUAUCACCUGGCUUGCUUGACCGAGAAAUACCAGGUCAAGGCCACGUCCAAGAUGAACUUCCACUGUCCUCAGCACGACUGCAAUGAUUGCGAAAGGAGUACUGGCAAUGCUGGUGGCUUGAUUUAUCGCUGUCGCUGGUGCCAAAAGGGCUUCUGCGAAGACUGCCUUGACCCCAACUCCAAACUGCUGGGUGAAACCAUUCCGGAGUACGAGGUGUUGGACUUUGUGCCCAAGCGCAAUGCCUGGUACAUUCAUUGCACUGAAUGCCAAGAGUCGCAAAAGGAUCCAGCGUUUGGCAAGCUCAUCGCCAGCAUGGCUAAACAGCACGACAAAGAGUAUGCCGAGCUCCUCCAAGCUCAGAACGACAACAUGGCCCAGAACGCUCAGCUCGGUGCUUCUGAGAAUACCAUGCCACCCAGCCGUGACGAGUCCAUGACUGAUGGAACCACACUUGAGUCGUCUGGCCAAGCCACGCCCCUCGAGUUCGUUAGGCAGGGCAAGCGUCCCCUGAUCAAUCUCGUAGACGACGAUGAAACCGACGGUGUUGUUGAUCUGACCGGCGAAGGAUCUCUCUCUAUCGAUGAUGAUCUCAAAACCUCGAGUGGAGCACCCACGUACCAAAACUUCCGAUCCAUGGCGAAGAAGCGCAGAACUCAUUAG